GAAGAAUUAGGUUCAAAUGAAUCUUGGGGCACCCGAACAUGUGUUAUUAGUCCACAUAAUCGUCGACUGUCAGUUCAAGGGUUGUAAAGAGGUCCCAACUCUGAUCAGGGUACUCUCAAUAAUCGGGAUCAGUGGUUUGAAACCACGUUGCACACCCCAAAAUGGGAAGGAGUGGAUCAAUACUUCCUAGAAUGGUAGAAACUCGGAAUCAUUCUUCUUAUUCUGAUCCAAGCGUUUAUACAACGGAUAAAUUGGAAAUUGAUUGGAAAAUAAAUUUUAGUGCACAAACUAUCAUUGGUUCAGUCAAUAUCUUCUUGAAAAAAGUUUGCCCAGACAGCCUCAAUCCAAACAUUCUUCUUGAUACAAGGAACCUAAAGAUUCAUUCAGUGUACGUAAAUUCGGAACCAGUGAAAUGGCAUUUAAAACCCAUUACUGUCCAAGCUUUUGGGUCUUGUUUAGAAAUAAUACCAAAUACAGCCUCAAAUAGGUACGACGUCAAAAUCGACUACGAAACUUCUCCAGAUUCUUCUGCUCUCCAGUGGCUAGAACCACAGCUUACUGCUGAUCGACGUCAACCGUUCAUGUUCAGUCAGUGUCAAGCUAUUCAUGCUCGUAGUCUUCUACCUUGUCAGGAUACUCCAACUUCAAAGUUUCCUUUCGAAGCUAAGGUAACUGCUCCAAAGGAAACCAGUGUUCCGAUCCCCAGCUAUCUGAUCGCUAUUGCUUGUGGGGAUCUAGCUAGCAGAAAAAUUGGUCCACGUUCGUCUGUAUGGGCUGAACCCAGUAUAGUUGAUGAAGCAGCUUAUGAAUUCAGUGAAACAGAACAAAUGAUUUUAGCAGCCGAAAAUAUCUGUGGACCUUAUGUGUGGGAUAUAUAUGAUAUCUUGGUGCUACCACCAACAUUCCCCUAUGGUGGAAUGGAAAAUCCAUGUUUAACAUUUGUUUCACCAACUUUAUUGGCUGGUGAUCGAUCAUUAGCUAACGUAAUCGCUCAUGAGAUCGCUCAUUCAUGGACUGGUAAUUUAGUAACAAAUUCAAAUUGGGAGGAUUUUUGGUUAAACGAAGGACAUACUGUGUAUUUGGAACGCUUAAUUGAAGAACGUAUUCAUGGGUCGCAUAUGAGGCACCUUCAUUUAAGUUUAGGCUACAAGGAACUGUUGGAAGAAAUAAAAAAACUUGGCCCAUCGGAUCCAAUGACAAAGCUGAUUGUAGACUUGGAAGGUAUUGAUCCAGACGAAGCUUAUAGUCGAAUUCCAUAUGAAAAAGGAUCUCUUUUACUCUACUACUUAGAGACUUUAUACGGAAAAGAAUCUAUGCUGAAUUGGUUAAAGGCCUAUGUGAAACAGUUUUCUGGAAAAUCACUUAAUUCAAAUACUUGGUUGGAAUUUUUAACAAGUCAACUAGGUUCCGAUGUACUUAACCCGAAACAUCAGUUGGAUGCUUGGAUGCAUAGUCCAGGUUUACCCCCAUGGAUACCAAAGUUCGAUGCUGACGAGUUACUUUCAGAAUGUGACAGUAUGCAAAAAUUACUUACUUCAUCUGAUCUUUGUUCAAAUGUUACUGAAAUACAAAGUUUGACUCAACUAUGGAAUAAAAUGUCACAUGUACAACGUGAAUUAACUUUACGCCACGUUGUCGACUCUGAACCAAUAAAUGUUAAUAACUUAUGCAAAAUUGAUGAAUUAUUACAGUUAUCUAAACAGAAAAAUGCUGAGAUACGAGUACAGUGGUGUCUAAUCUGUAUUGUUUCCCGUCAUUUACCUGCGUUGGAUCACAUUUUUGAAUUUUUAAACAGUCAGGGUCGUAUGAAGUACACUCGCACCAUAUAUCGCGCUUUAAACGAAUGGCCAGAAGCUAAAGAGCGAACAAUAAACAAUUUCUAUGAACAACGUCCAUUUAUGCAUCAAACAACUGCAAUGCUGGUUGAAAGGGAUUUAAAUCUUCAUGAAAAUGGGAAACCUAUAUCUACUGCUUAA